CUGUGCUUAGGUAACCAACGGGCUGGCUAUACAAGGAAAAUACACGGAUUUUGCUUGCGCGACACUGUUACGCAUGCUCAUAAAUAACUUAAGGAUUAAACGAUAACCACAAUUACUGUUAGGGUAUUUCUAAAAUGAUCAUGUUGCAUAGUAUGUAUAAUUAAACACGAUUACUAAAGAAUUUGACAAAAGCUGGUUUAAAUAACAAAGAUGGAAACGUGCGAAAAUCUCUGGUACUCGGGCGUUAAAUUACGGAUUGUAUUUUUACUGGUACUACAUAUCGGAGCAUGUGUACCCUCAUCGAUUCCAGUGUUUGUAAAUCCAUGCAAUAAAGAAACGAUACUCGGUAAGGGAUCGGGAAAUUACGCCGCAGAUAUAUAUUUCUCGGGAAGAGUGCAUCCAUUUCAGCCGACUUACUGCUUCAUGAAUCUGGUAACGGAUCGUGGUUAUGUCAUCGCCUACAAGUUCGAGAAUCUAACCUUAAACAACCUCUGUGCGGGAGAAAGCGAACAUUGUGAGUGCAAGAAUUCAGUAACUGUGAGUGAUGUUCACAAUGGCGUUACAAUAACGAAAGAGUUGUGUUCAGCAGAAAAUGCCGAAACGAUUGAUUACUCAAACUCAAAAUCUAUAGGUAACAACUUAACAUUUCGUGUGAUAAUGUCACCCAACGCGUCAGUUAGUUUACAAAUCAGCGUGUUCUCGUCACAGUACGUGCAAAAUAAAGGUUGUGCCAACGACGAAGCGUUGUGUUCAAAUAUGUGCGUGCACCGAACCCUAGCGUGUGGACCAGAUAAAGAUAAGUAUUGUAAGAGCCCUGAUGACGUAUGCUCGGACAUCAAAUCCUCCGAGCCGAACGGUGGCCUCAUUGGCGCCUUAGUCGGCGGUCUGAUUGCUUUCCUGGUCGUCACAAUCAUCCUUACUAUGUGUCUGCGCGCAGAGAACAGCUUUCUCCGGAGGAAAUGCUGCAAGCUACAACCUCGAGCAAAUUCCAGUCGGGCCAAUGCAAUAUUCACGGUUCACUUGGCGAAUCGCGGCGUCGCCUCCAGAAGUGGAGAAAACGACAAUCGGGCCUUUGACGAAUACGGCGAUCCUAUAGACAGGGCCACCUACCAGCCACCACCUGAAUACAGUUCUUUAGAGCACAUAGACAGAGCUGGUCGGUGGCCCGAUCCCAAAGACGGCGGCGACUUGCCCCCGAGCUAUGAGGACGCUGUCCAAAAUAGACAGCAGUAUAAGAUCACUAUAAACGAAGACGUAAAUGCAUGACACCUAUAUUAGAUUAAACUAGUGUUAUUAUCCAUAGUUAUGGAAUUAAAUCUCCGCCAUAAAUCAAAACAUCGCAGUCAACAAUGUUGACACUAGAAUAGGAAUAAUCCACUUAGAGAAAUCCUGUUUGGGUGUCUGUAAACUAUACAGACAAAUUGUGCAUGUCGUGGUGACAACCUUACAGCGGUGUUCAAUAAAUACGUGCGUAACGACGAAGUGCGCCCUUGUAUGUUCGUCUAUUGGUGUUAACCCAAAUGCGGUGUUGAAUGUCUACGUUUCUUGCACGCUUUUAUGUCCAUCAGGUCAUGACCGAAUCGUUUAUUUCGUUGUUCUUUUUAAAUGAGGAAACGUUUCCAGGUCAUACUUUACCAUACCUGUCCCGAUCCGAUGUGUAGACACGUUGUUGUCAACCAAACUUUGGCUGAGGACGCCACAGUGCGUUACAUUUUUGGUGUAAGCCACCGAUAUUAAGUGCUUUUAAAAUUGCCAUAGUCUCAAAUAGGAUUGGACCUACCCGGUUUUCUGAUAACUGAAAGAGGUCUGUCCAUAGUUUAAAACACAGACGGUUACGAGUCGUGUUUAGAUUGAGCGAAGAGCAGUUUGAUUUCAUACGGUGAACGUGUUAAUUUUGUGAUAUUGUUUUUGUUUUUGAAAACAUUUACCGUUUAAGUUGCUUUUUUCUAUCAUAUGAACCGCGUCAUGCGAAAAUGGGUCUAAUUCCAUAUACGGCAAACGUAGGUACAGCCAGUGCAACGUAGGUCCAGCCAGUGCAGUGUGGUCAGGAGCUGCUCUAUUUCCUAAUGAGACCACGAAAUCAUGCGCGGUUUUAAAGCGGACGGCGUAGCGUUUGACCAAGCUCACUACUGCACAGGCAAGUUUGGAGUUACGCUGGUCGCAUAUGACAUAAGACCCAUUUUCGCAAGACGCGACACAUAUGAUAAUUCAGUUAUUUAUUUUGAUAAACGAUUUUAAGUUAUUAAGCAUCUCAUUCUAUAUAAUCUUUUUGUUUGUGAGUGAUUUUUGUUUUCCGUCUUAAACACCUCACAUCUUGAUUAUAACGUUGUUACAUUUAAACUAUUGUGCGUUUUAUUCAUCAGUGUACUAGUCAUAUAAAGAAUAACAGGUAACUGUCCCAUCGUUUUGUAAUAUAUCAGGUGAAGCUUAGAAUAAUAUAACGGCGAGGCUUGUCGAGUUGUUAAAUAAACUCUGUCAUUCGAAUAGAUUGCAUACAUUCCGCAGUGUGUUACUAAUUCAACAAUACAACCCAAAUUUAAUUUAGAAAAUGUGUGAAUACUUACAUAUCAAAGAUCGUAAAAAGGUUUUUUUACUUAAUAUAUGUGUGUCAAUUUAUUUAAAUACAUUGUGAUUACACUUUUUGAAUGCAUUUAAUUUAAGAUCAGAUAAGGAAACAAUCACCCAUGUUUAUACUAUUUUAUUCACUUAAUUAGCCGCCGUUUUUAAUGGUUUUUAAUGGUGCUUUAUACAAUAUUACAACAAUUUAAUGAUUUCUAAUUAUGUCACAUGCAUUAUACUUAGUGUUACUUAAAGUAAAUAUUAUAAAGUUCAUGUUACGUAUACAAUCACAAUCACGCAAAAUGUACUGUUUAUCGUAUAUUUUAUUCGUAUCAGUUCCCCUUGCUAUGUGUAUAUACAAUGAAUUAUGAAUUUGAAUUAUUUUAUUUUUAGAGGGGCAUGUUCUCGUUGGCAAAUUGACAAUUUAAAAAAAAAGUCUUAUAGAUUCAAAAAAAGAUGCAUGCAUAAUAUCUAAACAAACAAACUAACACUCCUGAUUUAGGUAAAAGUUAAAUAUAUCAUUUAUUCAUUAUCAUCAUAUCAAGUCAGAAAAAUAAUUGUGUUAGUAACGCCUUGAAUUGAAAAUUUUGCAAAUACUUGUUUUACUAACAUAAUAGAUGCUGAAUUUGUGAAAUAAAAGCCCAUGUUUGCCGAUAAACGCAUACUUUUCGAAAGUUUCACGUUUAAAAUGUCAAUUGAUAAACGGUUUGCAGUCAUUAAAAGGAACGAGUGGUUUACUGUCUAUUAACCCAUUUAUGCCUAGCGUCUAUAAAAAAAAAGGCCUUGGCAAACAGCGUAGACCCAGAUGCGGCGUCUCAUCGGGGUCUGCGCUGUUUGCUUAAAGGAAUUUUUUAAAGAAAUAUUCUAAAUAUAGAAAUAAAAAACUAGACAUGCAUAAUUUUGGAAAUAAACUGAUUCAAUUAAAAUGGAUGAGAGAGUCCACCAGGCAUAAAUGGGUUAAUCAGGCCUGUGAUAACGUCGGUUUUUUACAUUUUGCGUCUCGAGUUCGGGGACCACACGACAGGCCCUUUCUCUUAAUAUUGUAAUGCUUUAAGACUAUUCCAAGUAUUAUAGUUUUCUUAGUAAACUCAUUUAAUUACAUUUAAAAUAAACGUAACUCUGUUGAACAAGUCCCUUUAAAGUAAUAACAUUGUGUCGUGUGAUGUAUUAAAGGGAUCUUUUCACGCUUUGGUAAAUUGACAAAAUUGAAAAAAGUUGUUUCAGAUUCGUAAGUUUUCGUUUUAGUUAUGAUAUUUGUGAGGAAACAGUAAUACUGAACAUUAACCAUGCUCUAAUAUAGCCAUUAUAUGCAUCUUUUGACGAUUUUAAAACCUAAAAAUUAUAAAGCGUUGCAACGCGAAACGAUUGAAUAAUUUGGAGAGUUCUGUUUUUGUCGUUAAAUUUUGUGAAACUACGAAGAUUGCUUAUAUAAGGUAUAAAAUACGUCACGGAUGUGUACUAGGCGGAAUAGCUCAGUAGGCUAAAGCAUUUUUACUUCAGGACUCUGGCAGGACUCCAGGGGUCACUGGUUCGAAACCUGCUCCGGGCAAUGUUCUUUUCCUUUUUUUAUUUUUUUUCUUGAUUUUUUACUGGAGCUUUUACGAUCCAAUGUUUACAUUUAUCAAUAUAAAGCAUUUAAUGAAUAAGUUAAAAAAAAAUGCCAAAAUCUGUGAAAAGGCCCCUUUAAAGGGACUGUCAACCACGACGACGUUGAAAAAGAAAAGUUCUAAAAUACUGUAUUUGUUACAACUAUUAGUUUAUAUUGAUUAAAAAAUAACGACUGGUAUAUUACAUUACUUGAAAAACGUUAAUAUUUUCAGUAUAUUUGGUAAUAAAAUUUCGCGAUGUGAAAUCGAAAGUACAUCGCGAAAAGAGGUGACAUAACGAUAUACACACUAUAAAUAACGCCAGUAGAUUGAUCAUUUUCUAUAUUAGAUAUAUAAAAUCUACUACGCGUGCACAAUUUGCAUUCCUGGGUUUACCACGUGACGAUAAUGAUCAAUCUACUGGCGUUAUUUAUAUGUAACUGAUAGUUACCUGGUAAACAUACCCAGUAAAAUGUAUUACCAAAUAUUCUGAAAAUAUGAAAACUUAACAAUUUUUUUUCAAGUAUUGUAAUAUAUCAGUCGUGAUAUUUUAAUCAAUAUAAACUAAUACUUGUACAAGUAUACGGUAUUUUACAACUUUUUUUUCUACGUCGUCGUGGUUGACAUGGUAAAAAUGUGUCUCAUCUAAAUCCAGUCAGGUCAGUAUAUUUAUUUAUUAAACCCAUUUUUCGAGCCCUUUUAAACAUAACUAUGGUUUGUUUAUUUAUAUUGUUUAAAUAAACACGUUCUUUAAU